UUGUAAUUUAAAGAAAAAAUUCUCUAAAAAAUGAAUUUUCUUAUAAUGUUUAUUUUAAUAAUUUUUUCAACAAUAACAAAUGCACGAUUUGUUUAUUUAAAUAAACCAAAGAACAAUUACGACAAUCGAGGACACUCAGAUUAUUCAGAAGAAAAUUAUUUCAAUAAUAAUGAGCAAUCCUCACGGGAUUUAGACUUGUCAUUUUCUCUUGAUGGUGAUGAUGAAAUUGAGAAAACUGUUAGCCCAUUAAGUAAAAAGGUCUACUUAAUAGAAUAUCCAGAAAUAACUCGAGAGCUAGAGAACCCAGCAGUUUACUAUAAAUUGACAGAAGUACCAAUGCCAUUAUUAUCAUCAUCAUCAAAAAAAAUAAUUAACGAGCCAGCGAUGUUUCCGUUACAGUACCAACGAAAUCAUAAAUUAAUAAAAUUAAAUAAUUCACAGAAAGGUGAAAUUGUUUUAGAAUUACGUAUAAUUGUCAAUAAUAAUAAUAAUGCCAGUUAA